AUGGACGACGACGGGCUGCUGCUCAACUUUGAUACGAGCACGCCAGCCUCGGCGCCUGGACGACGACGUGAGAAGAAGCGUAGCCGCGGCUCGGAGUCGCGUGAUCAUGGCCUUAAGCGUGCCCGCCCAGCGCCGACACCGGAUGCGCAGCAGGCUGCGAAGGAUGCGGCGGCGGAUCGACGUACCGUGGCGCUAGCACACGCCAUGGUCAGCGGUGCACAGAAAGACUCUGCCGUGAAAGCGCCCCCCAAAGCCGGUACGGGCUACAUCUCCUCCUUGUUUGCGCGUGACGAAGCGAAUGCCGAUGAGCCAGCUGCUGUGCCCUCGGCCGGGCCUGUCAUGCCGUCCAAUGCGCCCCAAGGCGAGGCGACAUUUGAGUCGCUGGGUCUUGAUACCCUUAUUGCGACGCAUCUCCGUGAGCGUAUGGACAUUUGUGGACGGCCGACGGACAUUCAACGCAUGGCCAUCCCGCCUCUCUUGGCCUCGCCCCCUUCGUCCUUGGCGAUGCGUGAUGUGCUUAUGCAGGCGCAGACGGGUAGUGGCAAGACAUUGACGUACCUUCUUCCUAUUCUUCAAUCGCUACUUCCUUUGUCGGAAGAGAGCUUUAUUGAUCGCAGUGUCGGUACACUGGCGAUCGUCUUAGCCCCGACGCGUGAAUUGGCGCGACAGAUAUACCAAGUCCUUGAACGUCUCCUAACACUCUCUCUUUCCUCGAAAGACGAUGACGGCGCACCACGUCGGCGUACGCGCUGGAUUGUCCCAGGUCUGUUAACUGGUGGAAGUACGAAGAACCACGAAAAGCAGCGCCUACGCAAGGGCUGUACCAUCCUUGUCGCGACCCCUGGCCGACUGUUAGAUCACUUGCAGAACACGUCAAGUUUGGACGUGGGUAAGUGUCGUUGGCUCGUACUGGACGAAGCCGAUCGUCUUCUGGAGAUGGGCUUUGAGGAGCAGCUCAGUGGCAUUGUCAAGGCAUUGGAAGGGCGGCGUCGACUUAGUCUUCAAUUGGCACGAGACGCCUUGCUCAACAGUGGUGCGAUUCGAAGUGAUACACCGGACGAACAGGUGACAGAUUCGCUAGGCAUUGCAUGGUGGGCGUGGCGACGUCGUGUCGUGCUUUGCUCUGCCACGCUCGAUGAGCGUGUUCAGGCGUUUUCUGGGACGACGCUGAAAGAGCCGUUGCUCGUUCGUGCAGGCAUGAAGUCGGCCCCAUCGACUGUCGCGACGGCGGUCCCGACAGAGUCCUCGGCCACGGUGCCUGUCGCAUCGGCUGCGACCUUUGCUGCGCCGACGCAGCUGGAGCAGCACGCGAUUAUCGUCCCGCCGAAACUUCGGCUGGUCACGUUGGUCGCGUUGCUUCGACGCAGUGUGCCCAAAGUGGCCGAGAUGCCGACGCGUGUGAUUGUGUUUUUGACAUGCACGGACAGUGUCGACUUCCAUUGGCAUGCGCUGGGCGGCGCCUCCAUGGACGGCAAAGCCGGCGCGGCCGAGUCUGCUGAAGCGGAGAAGGACCAGGACACGCCGCUCGCCCAGAAGAGCGAGCUGCUACCUGGUGUGCCGAUCUACCGAUUGCAUGGCUCCAUGACGCAGAAGGAGCGCAUUGCUUCGCUACGUCACUUUCACAAACUGACCGAUGGGACGGAUGCGCCGCCAGCGACGCGGGGUGGCGUGUUGCUAUGUACGUCGGUGGCCUCGCGUGGUCUGGACUUGCCACAGGUCCGGUGCGUGAUCCAAAUGGAUGUCCCGACCGAGGGUGGCGUGGAAGAGUAUGUGCACCGUGUCGGCCGUACCGCUCGUGUGGGUCAACAAGGCACAAGCUGGCUGAUGCUCAUGCCUCACGAAAAGCCCUGGCUUACAACGCUCGCGCAGCGCAUGGUCGUGGGCCAGCCGCCCCGUCCUGCCCACGUCUCGUUGGUCGGCUACGAUACGGUGCUGUACGAAGGGUUUGGCGGCGCCGCGCGCGAGUACGAAUCACGUGCGACCGACGUCCAAAUGGCGCUGGAACGAUGGGUCCUUGCUGCGCCGCAUCAUGCUACGCUGGCCCGCACGGCGUUCUUAGCGCACAUUCGUGCGUAUGCGACGCACCCAGCGAGCGAGCGAGCGAUCUUCCACGUGAAUCAGCUGCAUCUUGGUCACUUGGCGAAAGCGUUUGCCUUGCGUGAGGCGCCGAACACGGUGCAACGCACGGCGAAAAAGGAGCAUGACAAGCAGACCAAACCCGCGACGAAGGACCAGGUACGGGCGCAGAGCACCGAAGAACGCAAGCGCCGUAUGCUAGCCAAUCUUCCUGUGGAGUCCAUGUAG